AACGACAAGAAACUCCACUAUACUUCGCGGUCGUCAUACCCUUUCGUUGUGACCUCUACAUCGUCGAGCCUAGCCUGCACGAAGCUCUUUAAAGCACUCUAGUUCCUACAUAUUCUGCACACACACGUCGCUAUAGUUCAAAGAGACGGGGGUUAACUACCGGACGAACUGUGUGUGCUGCGAACAGAGUGUCUCGAAAAAAGGAAAUACGAUCUCAUUGCGCAUUCCUUCAAUAUGUCGCAGCCAUCGUGCAAGGUAUUCCGACGGAUUCCGGAGGAUUUUUUCUCAGCCAAGUACGACAAUGAUCCUAGCCGUUCUAUACCUCUGACUACCAUCGCUCUCUCAAGAAAUUGCGCGUCAUCAGGUUGUCCCUUCUGCACUAUUCUUAUGGCUAGCGCUGAUCCGUCGUACCUUCCAGAAGAGUUCUUGUAUACCCAAGACAUGAACUUGAGAAGAGCAAGGAAGGACCCCACACAGUCUUUUGAGCUUUGUAUAGGUUACGACAAUUUUUCAUGUACACUCUUCUAUCACGUACCGCCUGAAUGGAGAAUUCCACCUGCUGAGUUGAAUAAGCCUUGGGAUGAAUUGACGCUCAUGCGAACAUGGCUGUCUAAUUGCGCGACCAAACACCCCAAGUGCAAGCAAAUUGCUAGUCAAGGAUCUCCAAAACGUGUCCUCGACGUUAGAGCCUUUGCGAAUUCAAACGACAUUAGACUGGUAGACUGGCAAAGCGUUCCGACUACAGCGAAGUAUGUCACCCUUAGCCAUUGUUGGGGUCCAGUCAAUCAACGCCCAAUCUGCACAAGCAAAGCCACCUUAAGUGACAGAAUGCUACGGAUCCAAUUCAAAGAUCUUUCGAUGACAUUUCAGGACGCCGUCAAGAUCUGUCGGGAUCUAGACCAGCAAUAUCUUUGGAUAGACUCUUUAUGCAUUAUUCAAGACGAUCGCGAAGAUUGGUCACAGCAAGCAGGCGCUAUGGCUUCUAUUUACGGUGGAUCAUUUGUCACUCUGGCUGCACUCAGCUCUGCAGACAGCACUCAGGGCUGCCGGACCAGGUCCAGGAAUGCAGGAAUGCCAAAGUUAUCGCGAUACCAAGAUUUCAGCUUCGGUUCUCAACGCGUCAGAAUUCUAGAACACUCGCCAGCUUAUUGGAAUGAGGAAUAUGAGGGCUGCGGAUCUAACCCGUUACGUACGAGAGCGUGGACACUACAAGAAAGAGAUCUUUCAUUGAGGUGUAUCAACUUUGCUCAGGGACAACUGCUUUGGCAAUGCCGUACUAUGAAGGGUUCAUCAGAGCUUCCGUGGCACGAGAUGAUACAUGAGCACGACGACUUCGUCCCCCUACCGCUUGUACUCAAUCAAGAAGAAGACUUCGCCUCUGGUCGUCCAGCCUCUCAACGUGAUCACUGGUUCAAAUUAGUUGAAGAUUACUCUUCCAGAAACCUGACGAAGGAAACCGAUAAACUGCCUGCUUUAGAAGGCCUAGCCUCCAAGUUCUUGGCGGAACAAAAUCCUGGAAAAUGUAUUUUCGGCAUUUGGUCAAAUCACUUACCAUCAGCACUUCUUUGGAGGACCUUCCCGCCCUACAACAAUAACCGAGACCAGCCUGUUAGCCAAUUUACUGCCUUUUUGCCUCGUCGUCCACAGGUUUACAGAGCACCGAGUUGGUCAUGGGCUUCCAUCGAUGGAGAGAUCAGCUAUGAGUGUCAAAGGAUUGGCCUUUGCGACGACACAUGCCGUGACUGCGACAGUAGUUAUGGGAAUUUCGAGAUUACAGAUCUUCAUGACAAAUCAACAGCAGCGUUUGGUACCGUUGAUACCCCUUCGGAUGCCCCAUUACAAAUGCGAGGUAACAUUACCGAACUUCAGAUUGACAUGCAACCAAUCGAUGGUUGUUUCUUUGAAGGGAUUCGACGUCUUAUUUCGGCAGAUGGUACCACAGUGGGAACAUUUUAUCCAGAUAUAGUUGAUGACUUUCGAUUCAUGCGGUCUGUAUAUGUCUUGAGCAUUCGCUCUGAGCCAUAUCAUUCUUUUGUUGAUAUACCUUACUCUCUCUUUGGAGAGAAUUGUCAUUUAGAUGACCCGGUAAGCUGGAAUGAACAAAACCUAAGAAUGGGGCUCGCUUUGCUGCGAGCAGGGCCAGGUGAAAUAUACCGACGUGUUGGUUUAGUGCGCUGGUUGAAAGAAGAGGUCUUCGAUGGCACGCUGGCUGUAGAACUGAGUGUUGUCUGAGUUGAAAAAUCUUCAGUAGUUAUAAUUAAUGUUGAUCAUAAACGGAACAACGCAUUGAAGAGAAUGAUCUUCCAAAAUGAUCAAGUGCAAUAAGAUAGCCAUUAAUUUAAAAUAACACCCU